CCGGCUCCGGCAGUGCUAGCAGUCAGUCAGUGAGCUCGGGCUGUCUGCGCUGAGAGCUGUGUACCCGGAUACCCGGCCGGGGGGAAACCACGCACUGCGAGCGGAGCCUGCACACCCCAGGGGGAAUACAAAGGGUUAAAUGGACCUUCAGUGCCCGGCUCAGGGUUGUGUGACACCUACCCCCUGCCCCUGGGGCUCCCGCACCCUCCAACCAUGGGCAACACGGCACACAAAACCCUGCCAGACAUAAACCAUCACAGCCGUCCCGUAGCCAGUAGACCUUGCUACACGUUUCUUCACUGUGGCCAGGAGAGGAGGCUUGUCUUGUCCCGUACAGAGUCUCCACGCUUCCACUGCCAAGCCAAAGGCAAAAAUAUCCGUCUAGACACUCAUGGAAGGAAAGCCAUUCGGCGUAAUAGCUUUUGCAAUGGGAUUACAUUUACCAGUCGACCCAUACACCUCUAUGAAAAAGUACGGCUGAAGCUGGUAUCGGUUCACCAUGGAUGGAGCGGGGCGUUGCGUUUUGGAUUUACCAUUCAUGAUCCAGCACAGAUGAAGCCAGAAGACAUACCCAAAUAUGCAUGCCCAGAUUUGGUUACCCGACCUGGGUAUUGGGCUAAAGCUUUGCCAGAGAGAUUUGCACAGAGGGACAAUAUAUUGGCAUUUUGGGUUGACCGACAUGGGAGAGUCUUCUACAGUGUCAAUGAAGAAGAACCCAUACUAUUUCAUUGUGGAGUAAAAGUUUCUAGCCCACUGUGGGCACUGAUUGAUGUGUAUGGUAUUACCCAGGAAGUCCAGAUAUUAGACAGUAUGUUUGCCGAGACUAUGCUCCCAGGUCGACUCAGCAGUCCACGACUUAGCACAUGCCUGCCUCAAACCAGCCAUGAUUCAGCCAACUUCAACAACAAUGAACUGGAGAACAACCAGGUGGUGGCCAAAAUUGCCAACUUGAACUUGGGUCGCUUGCCAUCUCAGACAGAUAACCAUGCCAUCCCAUGCUGCCCAAACAGACGGCAACGUACACAAGGAAUGCCCACAUUAUUAGACAUGGAGCUACAUUUUCACUCCACUCGGGGCUCGGACAUCACCCUCUCACCAGACCGAACAGUGGCAUAUACCAACUGGCAGGAAAGCCACAGGACUAUUGUUUUCACAGAGCGGCCAGUGCACAUCGGCGAGACUCUGUUUCUAGAGACAGGUCAGUUGCCAUUGCCUUACUAUGGCUCCCUCUCCUUUGGAAUCACCUCUUGUGAUCCUAGUACAUUAAGGACCUAUGACCUUCCAUCCAACCCAGACUACCUUUUGGAUAGGAAGGAGUAUUGGGUGGUUCAACAAGGUUUAUUCACGCUCAGUAAUGGGGAUAUCCAUAGUUUUUCAUUUCUUCCCAGUGGUGAGGUUCAUCAUGGCAUCAAUGGCAACAGUCGAGGUAUGCUGAUGUGUGUGGACUCAUCCCAGCCACUUUGGGUGUUUUUCUCUAUCCAUGGGAUUGUCAACCAACUAAGGCUCAUGGGUGUUGUACAGUCUAAUGUUCUUUCACCUUCUGGUUCUCCAAGUGGAUCUCAAUAUGACAGUGAUUCGGAUAUGGUGUUUAGCGUAAACCGUUCCUCUUCAGCCUCUGAGUCCUCUCUUGUGACUGCUCCAAGUUCUCCUUUGAGCCCUCCAGUGUCUCCAGUAUUUGUUCCACCAGAACCCCAGGGAAACAAAGAUGGAGAGUGUGCCGUGUGCUUUGACAAUGAGGUUGAAACCGUGAUCUACACCUGCGGACACAUGUGCCUCUGCAGUAGCUGUGGAAUGAAGCUGAAGAGGCAGGUCAAUGCCUGCUGUCCUAUCUGCCGGAGGGUCAUCAAAGAUGUUAUCAAAACAUACCGUCCGUAAAAUGCUGGGAGUCAGAAUAGUACAUAGGAAUAUUUUUUUUUUUUUUCUUUCUUCAAUGCUGACUUUUCUGAAUUUUAAAAAGAAAAAGAAUUUCAGGGAAUUUUCCCUUUAUGGAAAUUGUGCUUUAUAAUGUUUGGCUCUGGGAUUUACACUAUGAAGACCAUUAUUAGUCAUUGUCAGCGGAGGAUAAGUCAUUAAAUCUGGUACAGGGUUGUAAAGCCAUUUGUCACAAUGUGUUGGGAACUGAAAGUAACAGUUGCAGAGAUGCCUUUACUCAGGGGUGCAACUAGACCAAAAUGUAUCCCACUCUGCCCCUAAAAAUUUAACAAACUUAACAAUUUUGCUGCCAGUAUAUGCUGAAAUCAGGUGGUAGUGCCUUCUCAUGUUGCAAGCCAGGCACACACUGUAUUUGGUAUUGCCUCCUUCUACAUAAAAUCACUUUCCACAUUAGUUAAAAGAGAUGCUUUCUCUGCUGCUAUGGCAACAAACCUACCUUCAAUAGCAUAGUAACCACCCAUGUCCAGCUAUUCGGAGUUCCUUUUCUAGUGCCCAGUAUCUAUAGGACCCAAAGGAAGAGCUUACUCUCAAAUUGCACCACUAGUCACGUGACCUUUAAAUUUGCAUUUAGAUGAUAAACUAACUGGAUGACCAACCCCAGAUAUUAGAUUGAAAUGGUUUAUUAAACACUCCAAUCUUGUGAUUUCUUUCUUCAGUUAUUCAGUGAAAGUGUGAAUUUGUGCAAAAUUUAACGUGAUUUAAAUAAUUUACUGGGAAACGUAGCCAUUCAAAACUAAAAGGGAUGAUGUUGCUAUCUCUGUCUUUUGUUAUAGACCCUUCCUUCAUCUGAGUAGGUAAAUCAAUAACAUUUACCACUACAUAUUCCACAGACCUUGAAAUAUUCUGACUGAAGAAGCCACAUGUUUCUUAUUAAUAAAGAUUUAUUUAAAAAAAAAAAAUAAUAAUAAGUU